AUGUGGAUUCUUCCAUUAGUCGGAUACACAGGCGUCGUUGUAGGCUUCGCUUUCCUGACCUUAGCAAUUGCUUCAGGAUUAUAUUACCUCUCCGAACUAGUCGAAGAACAUACCGUCAUCGCCCGCCGAAUCCUCUAUCGACUCAUAUACGGCGUCAUCGCAAUCCAGGUUUUGCUAUGGCUUUUUGACAAUUUCCCGCUCACCCUCUCCCUGCUCUCCAUAUUCUCCCACCUCGUUUACGCCAGCAACCUGCGCAAAUUCCCCAUUGUGAAAUUAUCAGAUCCGCUAUUUAUUCUCUCAUGCUUGAUGGUUUGUCUGAAUCAUUGGGUUUGGUUCCGGCAUUUCUCAAGACCGCCAGUCCCAUCUUCGUCGUCGCGCGAUGCGACGUCAUGGCGUCGACCGUAUCAGCCAGACUAUGAGAAUAUGCCUACUUUCACUGAAGUAGCAUCCUACUUUGGGCUGUGUGUUUGGCUGGUUCCAUUUGCGCUGUUCGUUAGUUUGAGUGCGGGUGAUAAUGUGCUGCCGAGUAUUGGGUCGGAAUAUGCUACGGGCACCACGCCUGCUUCCUCGACUUCCCUGCCUGAAAGUGGCAGUGGCAGGAAUAAGAACGUUGGGCUUGCCAAAGCGCUAGUGGAUAGUGUUAGAGAAUGGGCUUCGGAGACGGGCGAAUUGUUGGGAUUUUAUCAGGGAGAUCGAACAAGGAGAUUUCUGUAA